AUGCGGUCGUCCACAACGGCCAUCAGCGCCGUGGCACCCGCGGGCCGUCGCGGCCGCACACGCCAGAGCUCCGGCCGCCCAGCGGUAAACGAGGGAAUGGAAGCCGAGGGUCGGGUCGUCGGACGUACUCUGCAGCAACCGGUCCGGGCCUCCAAAAAUGGUGGCGACGAUGGUUCCGACGAGGGCGCUGACGACCUGGCCGAGAAUGGCGUUCCGUGGCUGGGCCAGCGGGGCCUCUAUGGAGUAGAAUUCAAGAACUGCGGCGGCUCCCUGUUGAUUUUUGUUAGCCUGCUGCUCGAUGUUUGCUUUUGCUUUGAGGAUAUUAAUGGCGGAAGGUGA